AUGAUACGAUGCACAUCUUCUAUCAGGUCAGGACAUAUUACAGUAGGACAAAACGAAGGGAUUAUCUAUGUCAAUAAUAUAUUUCCGCACCGACUACAAUGGCUGCUGAGGGGACCCCUCAGCCAUAUUCAGCCUCUCGAGGGACUUUUGGCACGAGUCAACAACCCAGAACUAGCGGCAGCCGACCCGACUCGUAUUGUUCAUCGAGUUUUGCCCACAAAUUUAAAUCUGGAGAUCAAAGAGGUCGUGACGAGGUACAAAGAGGGAGGCGCAUUCGUGAAGUAUGCACUUAAGUCGGACAUCAGCCACGAAAGUAUCGAAAAUGCAAUCAAAGAGCAUUUGAAAACCAAUCCAGUUAAGCCCUGGUUCAAUCCGUUCCUGAAAGUCGAUGCAGACCUUGUUCGCGGAACGCCUUGGAUCGAAGAUCUCUAUCGAAUCCCAAGCCAGACCCUAAAGGUGGAGUUCUUACCAACGUCGCCAGAUAAAUCAGCGGCCGAAUUGACCCAAGAGUCUUUAUACUCAUUGUUCCGACCUUACGGCAAAAUUCUGGACAUCCAAACACAGCCCUCAGAUUCGAAAGUCCUACCACGAUAUGCAAUUCUGCGAUUCGAGCGCCCUAGGUACGCCGUGAUGGCAAGAAACUGCAUGCACGGAUUUAUUGUUUCCGAAGAAGCAGGAGGUGGCAAGUCCGGUACGAGGUUCAAGAUCAACUACGAGCGCAAGAUCAAGCUGUUUAUGAUCAGGGAUUGGAUUUUGAACCAUCCGAGACUAGUGAUCCCUGCUAUAGCUGCUCUGUUGGCUACUAUCACGGUCAUCAUCUUCGAUCCAAUUCGCACGUUCUUCAUCACUCUCAAAAUCAAGUCGUCGUUCCAGAGUGAAGAGAACCCAGUGCUACAGUGGGUUCGCAAACAAGCCAGCAAAGCGAGCCUGUUCUCAUUUGGGAAGCGAAAGUCAGACCCGCGAGGUCUAGCAGCUAUCUGGGAAGACCGACAAACAGAGAUUGCGCAACUGCAAGCCUGGCUAACGGAGACCGCGGAGACCUUUAUUGUUAUCCAUGGUCCUCGUGGCUCAGGGAAACGCGAGUUGGUUUUGGAACAAGCCCUGAAAGAGCACAAGUAUAAAGUCAUCAUUGACUGCAAGCAAAUUCAAGAUGCUCGGGGUGAUACAACUAAGAUUUCACGAGCAGCCGCUCAGGUCGGCUACCGACCGAUCUUCUCUUGGAUGAACAGUAUCAGCAGCUUCAUUGACCUUGCUGCACAGGGAAUGAUCGGCACCAAAGCCGGCUUCUCCGAGACUCUAGAUGCGCAGUUGAGCAAGAUCUGGCAGAAUACUGGUGUCGCUAUGAAGCGAGUCGCCUUGGAAGGUAGACGAAAGGAGGACAAAGAUUUCAACAUGUCCGAAGAUGAGUACCUGGAGGCUCAUCCCGAGGUGAGACCUGUCGUUGUGAUUGACAAUUUCCUCUAUGACGAGGAUGACAGUGUCGUGCUCGACAAACUUACCGAAUGGGCGGCUGGUCUGACAUCCGCAAAUAUCGCCCAUGUCAUCUUCUUGACGACUGAUGCCUCGUUUGCAAAGCCAUUGAGCAAAGCCAUGCCUAACCAAGUGUUCCGCACAAUUGCCUUAGGUGACUGCUCGCUCGAAGUUGGUCGUCGUUUCGUGUUGAGUCAUCUGGAUGCCGAGGCAGACGAUAGUGACGAUGAACAGAAUGCAAGGCGCAAAGAGACGCUUCGUGGCUUGGAUGCUUGUAUCAAAGUGCUGGGAGGUCGAGUUACUGACUUGGAGUUCAUGGCUCAUCGAAUUGAGGCCGGAGAGACACCUGAAGCUGCCGUGGACCGUAUCAUUGAACAGUCGGCGUCUGAAAUCCUGAAGCUCUUCAUCCUCGGAACAGAGUCAAUUACACUCCAGUGGUCCCGUGAGCAGGCGUGGCAUCUGAUCAAGUCUAUCGCCCACUCCAAGGAUGGAAACCUGUUGUACAACAAAGUCCUCCUCGACGAUGUAUUCAAGGACAACGGCGAGGUCACUCUCCGGGCACUAGAGCAAGCAGAGCUUGUCUCCAUCGGGACUGACAAAGGAUUCCCACGAUACGUCAAACCGGGCAAACCCGUGUAUCGCGCGGCUUUCCAACGUCUGGUUGCGAACAAGACCCUGCAGGGCCGCCUUGACUUGUUAAUCCUCUCACAGCUCAUUAACAACGAGAAUUCAAGUAUCACGAAGUAUGAACAGGAGCUGCAGGUCCUUGGCUCACUGCCAAAGUACCCCUGGGAGCUAACGUCGCGGAUCGAGUGGCUUCUGCGCAAAGUUCACGGAUCGCAAUCGAAGAUUCUCAAGUAUGAGAGUGAAAGUGCUGCCUUGUCAAAGUCUUUGCAGAAGGAAUAUUAA